CGCGGACAUUACGGUCCUGCAUUUGUUGAUAGAAACCUAACCUGCGCAAUUUUUUCCUCUAUCGAUCUUACGCUUGCCAAAACGUCAUCGGUCGCGUACGGGAGUCGCUUCGAUGGGAGAUUGAAGCAGGAUGACGAAGUGCGAACUGAAUCAGAUAUUUCUAGGCGAAAUCGCGUCCGUGCAGAAUUACGGAGCAUUCGUCAGAAUACCAGGUACCUCGCAGCAAGGCUUGAUACACAGGACACAGGUAAGCACGGCUCAUGUCGACAAUGUUGCAGAGGUCCUGCAAAAGGGCGAGCGAGUCUGGUGUAAGGUGAUCUCAAUGGAGGACGGCAAGGUAGGGCUGUCCAUGAAACACGUGAAUCAGGGAAACGGCACGGAUCUGGAUCCCAACGGCGUGGAGCUGGAGAGGGACGCGCAACGGAGAAGGAAUCCCGGGGUGACUCAGCGUAAGGCCAUACAGCUGGAGGCGGUGCUGAACACCACGUGCGGUAAAUGCGGGACCAGAGGGCACCUGUCCAAGGACUGCUUCAUGUCCCCCGACGGCAAGAAGUACGAACUGAUCCCGGAGAUCCCGGAGGUAGAGGAGAGUGUCCCGGAACCGGACAGCGAAGGUGCUGGGAAGAAAGUGGAGAAGAAGCAUAAAUCAAAAAAGAAGAAGAGGAAAUCUAAGAGGAGCAAACAGUCCACCGACGACAGCGAUACCGAGGACAAGGAGAAGAGCAAGAGGAAGAAGAAGAAAUUCUCUAAGGAGCGUAAGAAGCAUAAGAAGAAACACAGCAGCAGCCCGAGCGACUCCUCGGACAGCUCGUCGUCCGGCGACGCGAAGGCUCACAAGCGGAAACACUCGGAAGAUCACGAAACUCUUCGGCGGCCUCCGAGAAAUUCUUCUGAAGCAUCGCCGAGUGCUCGUUCGUGAAGGAUGGCACGUCCAG